AUGCCGACCAAUCGACCCUUUCUUGCCAACUUCUUCUCCGUCUUUCGGGCACGCACCAGUCCGACCUUUCCAGUCAAAUCCACAUCCUCCUACGAUGCGGUGAUUUCACCAGCCUCUCUGGUGGCCGCGGCUCAUGUCUCGACUACAACAGCGACAGCGACCUCAAGCCUCCCUAGAACCAUCACCACCAAGGCGCAUGACAGUCUACCCAACUCAUCUCAACCUUCGUCACAAUCAAAGCCGCCAACUACCACAGCACCAUUACCGUUCUCCACCAAUCCCAACUCGCAUCGAUAUGCAACCCCUCUAUCAAGAUCGCCAGGAACAACGUCACCUACUGGACCCCUUUCACAUGCUCAUCCUCAAUCACCCUCUCAUUCAUCACAUGCCAAUGCAAGCCUGUCGAUGUCACCGCCUGGGCCGUCACGAGGACGUCAGCGGCGAGGGAGCGAUAGCUCCAACUCGUCGGGUGGCUUCAUCGAUGCGCUGGGAGCGGAGAAAUGGUAUAUUGGAGGCCGAAACGGAGCCGGCGAGGAAACAUUCUACAAACUCGGACUGGUGACGAGUGGAGCCGGGCGGAGGGUGCGAAGUUUGGAUCGACUGAGCCUGUGA